AUGGUUCUACCCGGCAUGAAGCCUGCCUACACCACAGACCCUAAACACCAAGGGGAGAAACGACUACCAGGCGUCGGAUGGCUGCCGAACAGAGUCCGUCACAUCAUCAUCUCGAUGCUCGGCGAGUUUGUUGGAACGUUCCUGUUCCUCUUCUUCGCUUUUGCUGGUACUCAGGUUGCGAACACACCUCCGGGAGAAGCAGGGUCUCCGCCCAGCGUAGCCACGUUACUAUAUAUCUCGCUCGCAUUCGGCUUCUCGCUGGCUGUGAACGUGUGGAUCUUUUUCCGAAUCAGUGGAGGCUUGUUCAAUCCUGCGGUGAGCGUUGCACUUGCGCUUGUUGGAGCUCAGGGUUGGGUAAAAGCAGCACUUCUCAUCGUUGCUCAACUCCUUGCAGGCAUUUCUGCCGCGGGAAUCGUAUCAACACUCUUCCCUGGCGAUCUGACUGUCCGGACCACGCUCAGCGAGGGCACAUCGACAAUUCGUGGCUUGUUCAUCGAAGUAUUCCUGACCUUCGAGCUUAUCUUUUGCAUUUUCAUGCUCGCGGCCGAGAAGCACAAAGCAACGUUCCUAGCCCCGGUAGGAAUUGGCCUCUCUCUCUUCAUUGCAGAAUUGGCUGGGGUUUACUUCACUGGCGGUUCACUAAACCCUGCUCGUUCACUCGGGCCGGAUGUCAUUCUAGGAACCUUCGAUAGUUACCACUGGAUCUACUGGGUGGGACCUCUGGUCGGCGCAGUUCUCGCAGUCGUUUUCUACCGCCUCAUCAAAGCACUCGAGUACGAGACUGCCAACCCUGGUGCUGACGGUGAUGGUCAAGAGCUCCGGUACCAACGCCCUGAGACUCCAGUGGGAGACAACGCCGAAGCCAGGCAAUCUAGUACUGGUUUAGCACGACGUACUACGGAUGGGACUGACGACUCCGAUUUCCUUCCUCCUAUUCAUCCCAUCAACAAGCCUUUUACUCAGCCACAUUUUCUGAGUUCUUCGCAUUACACAACCACGUCGGCAAGCUCUGCCCAUUCUCAGCCUACGAGACCUCCUCGGGUAUACAGACAUGGUUUGGAUGGCAACCGUUCCGCCUCUAGUUCGGAAUCUGCAUUGGACCAUCCCAACGAUCGCCCAAGAGCUCAGCAUCGCCGCAGCACAAUCAGACCAUCUCGUGCACGUAGUGAAACCUCUGACAGCAGUUACCGCAGCGGACCAAGUCUAGAGUCUAGGAGUUCAAGUGCAAGUGGGCGAUACGACAUUCGCUCCCGGUCUCACUCUCUUGAAAGAAGUCGAUCCCGCUGA